UUUGUUGCCAUUGUUACACAAAACUUCUUAUUCACAGUGAUGGGCGAUGGGGGGAGGGGGCUGGAGAAUCUCAGCUCUGAUUACAUACAGAGCCCGGGGGAGGGGACACACACACCUAUUUACAGUAGAGGAAUAUGAAGGGGAAAAUUUUGAUUGGGCAGUUUAAUAGGGGCAAAUUUGAUGGGGACAGUUUUGAUGGGGGCAGAGGGACAUUUGGAAUAGAUUUAUAGUCAUGAAUGUAAACUGGUUUGUUGAACAAUAUAGCUCAUUAUUUGGACAUUUAAAUUCAUUUCCUUUGUUUUUAUUUCAUCAGAUCCCACGUCCACGGAGACCGCUGAUACCGAGACAUUCAAGAAGCACCAAAUAAACCUGAAAACACAAUGGAAGACUCCUUCAGUUGCUUCCACUGAGACCGCUGAUACCAAGACGGUCAGGAAGCAACAAAGAAACCUGGAAACACAAAGGGAGACCCCUUCAUAUGCUUCCUCUGAGACCGCUGAUACCGAGACGGUCAGGGAGGACCAAAGCCACCAAGAACCACAAUGGGAGACCCCUUCAGUCACUUCCCCUGAGACCGCUGAUACCGAGACGGUCAGGGAGGACCAAAGCCACCAAGAACCACAAUGGGAGACCCCUCCAGUCACUUCCCCUGAGACCGCUGAUACCGAGACGGUCAGGGAGGACCAAAGCCACCAAGAACCACAAUGGGAGACCCCUCCAGUCACUUCCCCUGAGACCGCUGAUACCGAGACGGUCAGGGAGGACCAAAGCCACCAAGAACCACAAUGGGAGACCCCUCCAGUCACUUCCCCUGAGACUGCUGAUACCGAGACGGUCAGGGAGGACCAAAGCCACCAAGAACCACAAUGGGAGACCCCUCCAGUCACUUCCCCUGAGACCGCUGAUACCGAGACGGUCAGCGAGGACCAAAGCAAUGUGGAGAUACAGAGAGAGACCCCUCCAGUCACUUCCACUGAGGAGGUCCCCAUGAUGUCUCCAACAAUGACAAUGACAACGACAACAACAACAACAGAGACCAGUACUUAUAAUACAGGAUUAGUAUUAAUCGAUUUAUGUGUGCAACUUAUCACCAAGACCUUCUAUCAACUGAAGAGAAAUGGCUACCUUCCAUUAGCAUUCAUCUUAGCUGGAGUCGGUCUUCUAGUAGUCAUCGUCAUCAUUUCGAUAGUUAUAAUUUGUUACUGCAAGAAAAGACGCAUCAUGAUGGAGCAAAGCAGAGAUGUGGAAAGAGGAAUCACUGAGAGGAACAAAACGCAAACACAGCUGACUGAAGUGUGCAUAAUAAAGGAAAAAAGACACACAUUGACGGAAGAAGUUUCAGCGAUGGAAGAAGAACUCUCAGUGACUAAACAAAAACUUGCAGAGGUGCAAGAACUCGCAGUGAGGAAAAAAGAAGAACUCGCAGCGAGGGAAGAACAACUUGCAAAAAUGCAAGAAAAACUUGCAGAGACGCAAAGACUCGCAGGGAGCAAAGAAGAACUCGCAGUUAGGGAACAACAACUUGCAAAGAUGCAAGAAAAAUUUGCAGAGACGCAAGAACUGACAGUGAGGAAAGAAGAACAACUCGCGGUUACGGAAAAACAACUCGCAAUUAGGGAAGAACGACUCGCAGUGUGGGAAGAACGACUUGCAAAGAUGCAAGAAAAAUUUGCAGAGAUACAAGAACUUGCAGUGAGGAAAGAACAACUCACAGUUAGGGAAGCACAGGGCUGGCUGUCCUGGCUUUUCAGCGGCCCUGGGGAAGAACAACCACAAUGGGAGACCCCUCCAGUCACUUCCACUGAGACCGCUGAUACCGAGGCGGUCAGGGAGGACCAAACCCACCUGGAACCAGUGAGGGAAAAACAACUUGCAAAGAUGCAAGAAAAACUUGCAGAGACGCAAGGAGAACUGUCAGUGAGGGAAAAACUUGCAGAGACGCAAGGAGAACUGUCAGUGAGGGAAAAACUUGCAGAGACACAAGGAGAACUGUCAGUGAGGGAAAAACUUGCAGAGACGCAAGGAGAACUGUCAGUGAGGGAAAAACUUGCAGAGACACAAGGAGAACUGUCAGUGAGGGAAAAACUUGCAGAGAUGCAAGGAGAACUGUCAGUGAGGGAAAAACUUGCAGAGACACAAGGAGAACUGUCAGUGAGGGAAAAACUUGCAGAGACGCAAGGAGAACUGUCAGUGAGGGAAAAACUUGCAGAGACGCAAGGAGAACUGUCAGAAACUAAAAAUGAACUGGCAGUGAAGGAAAAAGAACUUACAGAGACAAAAGAAAGAUUGUCAGGCCUACAAAAAAUGCAUCAAGACACACUCAUGGAGAUAGAAGAAAAAGUCACAGCCAUGGAAGGAGAACUCGCAGUGACGAAAGAACAACUAUCAGCGACUAAAAAAAAGUGUGGUAAGGGAACAAGAACUCGCAGUUCAAAGAUGCAAGAGAAAUUAGCACAGACAAAAAAAAAAAGAACUACCAGUGAAAAAAGAACUCGCAGUGAGCAAGAAGAACUUGCAAGAGGAAUUUGCAGAGAUGAAAGAACUAAAAAAUAAGUGAGGGAAGAAGACCAAGACUAAAGCGGAUGCCCGCCAAUUUUUUUUUUUUAAAGUCAGCAGCCACAAAUACUGCAGCUGCUGACUUUUUAAAAA